UACUGCCAUGGUGCCAUGGAGAUCUUGCUCAUCGUCCGUUUUUGCUGUAACUGCACCUACGCGUUGCUGUAUAAGCCUAUAAACCGAGUUGCUCGAAGCACCAAUGUGUUACAAGAUCUACUGAAGCACACGCCAACAGAUCACCCCGAUUACCCGUUGCUCCAGGACGCUCUUCGGAUUUCCCAGAAUUUCCUCUCCAGCAUCAAUGAGGACAUUGAUCCUCGCAGAACGGCGGUCACUACCCCGAAAGGAGAGAACCGCCAACUGGUCAAGGAUGGCUUCUUGGUGGAGGUGGCCGAAGGGUCUCGGAAGCUGCGCCACGUUUUCCUUUUUACGGACGUUUUGCUCUGCGCCAAGUUGAAGAAAACGGGCGUCGGGAAACACCAGCAGUACGAGUGCAAGUGGUACGUCCCGCUGGCCGAGCUGGUCUUCCCGUCCUUGGAAGAGUCCGACCUGUGUCCACACGUCCAGGCUAUGCCUGACCACGACCUGGAGGAUAUGAAGAUCAAGAUCUCCUCCAUGAAGAGCGAAGUGCAGAAGGAGAAGGCCAACAAAGGCCAGAGCCGAGCCAUGGAGCGUCUCAAGAAGAAAAUGUUUGACAACGAGUUUUGGCUCCUGCUCAACUCGCCCUCCAUCCCCUUGCGGAUCCACAACCGCAACGGCAAGAGCUACCUCUUCCUUCUGUCCUCGGACUACGAGCGGUCGGAGUGGAGGGAAGCAAUCCAGAAGCUGCAGAAGAAAGAUCUCCAGACGUUUGUGCUAAGUUCUGUGGAGCUGCAGUAUCUGAUGGGAUCCUGUUUCAAGCUACGGACUGUCCACAACAUUCCUCUGACCAGCAACACCGACGAUGACAAACUUCAAGGAAUGUACGGCUUUCUACACGUCAUUCUCCACUCGGUCAAGGGCUUCCAGCAAUCUGCCAACCUCUACUGUACUCUCGAAGUCGAUUCUUUCGGAUAUUUUGUCAGCAAAGCCAAAACACGGGUUUUCCGGGACACAACGGAGCCGCAGUGGAACGAGGAAUUUGAAAUCGAGCUGGAGGGCUCCCAGUACCUGCGGAUUCUCUGCUACGAGAAAUGUUACCACAAGACAAAGCUGAACAAAGACAACAACGAAAUUGUCGAUCGGAUCGUGGGCAAGUGGCAAGUCCAGCUGGAUCCUCAGACGGUGCAGACCAAGAAUUGGCAGGUGGAUGUGAUCGAGAUGAACGGGGUGAAAGUAGAAUUCUCCAUGAAAUUCACCAGCCGGGAUAUGAGCCUCAAGAGGACCCCCUCCAAGAAGCAGACCGGGGUCUUUGGAGUCAAAAUCAGCGUCGUCACUAAGCGUGAGCGAUCCAAGAUCCCCUACGUUGUGCGCCAGUGUGUGGAGGAGGUGGAGAAACGGGGCAUUGACGAAGUCGGCAUCUACCGGAUCUCAGGGGUGGCUACCGACAUCCAGGCCUUGAAAGCGGCCUUUGAUUCCAACAGCAAAGACAUCCUGGUGAUGCUGAGCGACAUGGAUAUCAACGCCAUCGCGGGGACCCUGAAGCUGUACUUCCGCGAACUGCCAGAGCCCCUCCUGACGGACCGACUCUAUCCAACAUUUAUGCAAGGCAUCGCGCUCUCGGACCCGUCGGCCAAGGAAAAUUGUAUGCUGCACCUUCUACGCUCCCUGCCUGACCCGAACCUCAUCACCUUCCUCUUCCUCCUAGAACACUUAAAAAGGGUUGCCGAGAAGGAGCCCGUCAACAAAAUGUCCCUACACAACCUGGCCACCGUCUUCGGCCCGACAUUGUUGAGACCCUCGGAAGUGGAGAGCAAGAGUCACGUCACUUUGGCCUCAGACAUCUGGUCCCACGAUGUGAUGGCGCAGGUCCAAGUGCUGCUGUACUAUUUGCAACACCCGCCCGUCUCCUUCGCCGAGCUGAAACAUAACGCGCUCUUCUUAUCCACGGAUGUGUAGUGGCGGGCAGUUCCGCAGCCGUUAUAUCGCCGUCUCCGUUUCUCGAAGCGGAAGGGUCCCCCCCGGGCAGAGGCAGCUUCUGGACACUGACCACACAAACCCUUACCCAAGGAGGGCUUUGGGCUCUUCGGGGGGGGGGGCAUCCUGCCUGCUGCAGCCCACCCACCCCCAACACCUCCCCCUCCCCGAAUUGUUUUGUACAAGUCUUUUCCCAGCUCCUCCCUCCCUCCCUCCCUCCGAGGAGUCCGGCUCUUUUUGUCUGCACAAGAGCCCCCUUGACAUUGGCCGGAGCUAUUUCGGACGCCCGUCCCUUUGGGCCGCAGAAAGGAAGCGAGCCACGGACAAGAGAUCGGGGCCCAGCCUUGAGUGGAUCUCCCGGGCCUUUCCCCAGAAAGUUGCCAUCUUCUGGGUUGCACAGAGUGCUCGAACAGCCAAGCAUCUCCUGUUUCCUCCCUUGUGGUCUUCAUCAAGGCAGCUUCUUCUGUUUGUUCUGUCCUUGGCUGUUGCAUGAAUGGUACUUCAGCUUUGAUUUUGCUUCUUCCUUCUUUCCUUUCUUCUCUUCCCUUCUUUUCUCCUUUUCCUUCUCCCUCUUCCGUUCUCCUUUUUCCU